CAGAGGAGGGAGCCUUUCCUGCUCAAGUGAACACAUCGGCCAUUGAGGAUAAGUUGAAGACAUCAGAGCUAAAGGCGGCUAGUCCGAAACAAGACAAUCCCUUAUUAUUAAAAAAAGAAAACCAUCGUCACCCGCCGAAUCCGUGUGGCUUCAUGCUCUGUUCCAGCGGGGGCGUUUGAGUGUGUCGGCGGGUGUGCUGCGCCAGGUGUCGGGCCACAGAGACUGGGGAAAAUGUCAUCUUUUUCAUGGAGGGUUUGGCCUGCACUUGUGUUGCUUCUCUUGCCUUCCACUGUGGCUGCUGAGGAGUCGUCACUACUGGAAGGCUGGCACGAUGUCUGGCUUUUCCGCUUCCUCAUCAACAUUCUGGGAUACUCCACCAUCAUCAUCCCCGGCUACUUCCUCAUUAGCUACUUCAAGCGCACCAAUUACUUAGAAACAGGUAGUGGGGUUUGCUUCCCUAUCAUAAAGACCUGCGUGUUUGGCAGUGAGGCCAAAACAGGUCUGCUGGAUGACGUGUCAGUAGCACCCAGGAAUGAGGGUGAUUCAGGCUCGUCAGUCAGACAGGUCGUCAAGUUAAUCUUUUGUGCUGCAGGACUUCAGGUAUCGUACCUGACAUGGGGAGUCCUGCAGGAGAGGGUGAUGACGCGUUCAUACGGGGCCACGACUCCAGAAGAGGAGGGUGAGAGAUUCAAGGACUCUCAGUUCUUGGUCUUCAUGAACCGUAUCCUGGCUCUCACCGUGUCGGGCCUGUGGUGCGUCCUGUUCAAGCAGCCUCGCCACGGAGCACCCAUGUACAAGUACUCCUUCGCCUCGCUCUCCAACAUCAUGAGCAGCUGGUGCCAGUACGAGGCGCUCAAGUACAUCAGCUUCCCCACUCAAGUCCUGGCCAAGGCCUCCAAGGUCAUUCCCGUCAUGCUCAUGGGUAAGAUUGUCUCCCACAAGAGCUACGAAUACUGGGAGUACUUUACCGCCGUGCUGAUCUCGGUGGGUGUCAGCAUGUUCCUGCUGUCCAGCACGCCCAGCAAGCACCCGUCCACUGUCACCACCUUCAGCGGGGUCGUCAUCCUCAUCGGCUACAUCGUCUUCGACAGCUUCACCUCCAACUGGCAGGACAACCUGUUCAAGUACAAGAUGUCGUCAGUGCAGAUGAUGUUCGGGGUGAACCUGUUCUCCUGCCUCUUCACUGUCGGCUCGCUGCUGGAGCAGGGUGCCUUCUUCGACUCGCUGGCCUUCAUGACACGCCACUCCGAGUUUGCCUUUCACGCCGUGUUGCUGUCCGUGUGCUCGGCAUGCGGCCAGCUCUUCAUCUUCUACACCAUCAACCAGUUUGGCGCCGCGGUCUUCACCAUCAUUAUGACCCUGCGACAGGCGAUCGCCAUUCUCCUCUCUUGUUUCCUCUACGGUCACGCCGUCACCUUAGUAGGUGGAUUUGGUGUUGCGGUAGUUUUCUUGGCACUUUUCUUACGGGUGUAUGCACGUAGCCGCAUGAAGUCAGGGCGGCGGUCAGCGCUGCCGCUCGCACAGAAGGUGUAGCACUGGGAAGUGGCGCCUAACUGGGAACUGAGGCCACGUUUUCUGUGGUGCUUUUUUGUCUAUUUGUGUGUAUCUAUUGUUUUGUUUUGUUUUUUGUUUUUUUUACUGUUCUUUUCAUUGGUUCUUAUUUUUCUUAGCAAUGGUACAGAAAGGGAUUUUGCAGUUUUGACUCUUACACCCAGAUGCCCCCAAGGGGUCCAUGUGAUUUGUCAGGUCAGCAGUCACAGAAGUUUUGAGUGCCUGUAAGAUUGUCUUAUACACGAGUCCCAAACCAUAAACUUUGCAAAAAACUGCCUCGUCACCUCUUUCACAGUUAAACAGAAGAAUAUUUUUCCUAAACCUCCAUAUUUGUGCAGCCAAUUACAGGUUAUUAUGACUCUGAAAAAUGUAUGUGAGCUCUAUUUCUUAGCAUUAAUUUCAAGCAUUAAUGACAUCGCCCCUCACCUAAAGUUUUGGCAUCAUUGGGCAAAAAUUGUUGAUAAUUUUUUAGAAUACUAUAUUUCAAGUGCUGGAUUUGGGGUAUAUAUAUUUCUGGAGGAGAGAAAAAAAUGCCAGAAUUUGAAACUACAGCGCUCCUCUUGCAGCUCCCCCCUCCCACCAGGCUAGCAGGCACAGGGCACAGGCAUAUGCACGUGAUUCAUGCAGAGAGGAGACAUCAUCCACUUCAAUCAUCCUGAUGCUGUUAUAUAGUGGCAAUUCUACGGAAAUCAUGUUCACAUACUGUGACUCGGAAAAACAUAAACAUGAACUUCGAUUAGCCACAGUUACGGAUAAUUUCAUGCUUAACUAUUGGGAAAGGAGGACUUUUUUCAUCUAUUUAUAUUCAGUAUGUAGAGUCCAUAGAGGAAUGAAAUUGUGUGAAGAGGGAGCAGACUUUUUUGUGAAAACAGUCAGAAGAGCUGCCGGUCUGCUGGCAUGUAGCUUUGCAUCAAUACAGGCUCUUUUGUCAGAUUUACAUGUCCUCUGCUUCUUGUGUCUCCUCGUUUGGAUGGUUGAAGUAGGUGUCGCAGUGGCUUUGGGCCUGGUCCUAGUACUAGACUUAGGAAACAGUAGUUUAGCCUGCUAGCUGUAACCAAAGUAACCAGGUCUAGUUUUCUCUCAAACCACUUGAAUUACAAUAUUCUAAAAGGGUUAUUAAGCAUUUUUUGCCCAGUAAUGCCAAAAAAUUGCCUACCCCAACUUUAUCUUUAUCCCAAAUAGUUAAACAAGACUGUCACCUUCUUUAAUGACAACACUUUUUAUCUGUUGAGUUAUCUUUCAGUCAUAAUAGUCAGAUGCUUAUCUCACCGUCCUCCAUGUUGGAGAGCAGGGGCCUUUAUGUGUCUUAAAGUGGGAUUGUAUCUUGUAAAGCUGUAAACAUAGCCUCAAUACAUGGUGCACACAUUACUGUUUCAUUUAAAGGUGUUGUGCACGACAUUCAGAGCAUGGAGAUGGCAGGAAACAAAUAUUUGUCAGUGGAGAAAGGGCGUCCUGACCAGACAAUAAAGUCAUGCUCCCUUUCUUUUUGUUGGAAUCCGAGCUUCUCCGCUCUUUGUUGUGUAAGCUGGUCCAACUAUACGUGCAUGUUUGUGCAUGUGAGUACACAGUGCGUUAAAAUGUGAUGCCAAGGAGUGUCCAUAAUUGUCUAAAUCAUAGACUGUAUAAAGAAUGGACAGCGUAUGUUCACAUUUGCCCACUGUAAAAAAAAAAGUGAAGCCAGAAUAUUCUGGAUACAGGCGCUGCCAUCUUGCAAUGAUGUCAUUUGGAGCCAGAGUCUUACCCAAUCAAAGGACCUCUUUUUAUAGCAUCAAGUAACUAAUCUAAACCAAGCUGACCAGAUAACUGGACACUUCAAGAAACAUCAGCGUGAUAACUACCGAAAAUGACAGAAAACAUCUUUGUUAAAAAUGUUUUUGAUGUGGACUUUUAACUUUUUGUUUUGCUCAUGUCCCAUCUGGGUCAAUCAAGAUGUUUUGGCUUCACUUAUUGGGAUCUGUUAGGCCGUCUGUCUUUAUACAAGUUGGGAAUGAGAAGGAGAGCUGUGGGGAGGCUCUGAACCAUAGAAAUGCUCUUAAUGUUGUGUAAAGCACCUUUAAUGUAUAUUAACAUGUUCCAGAGGGUACCAUCUGACAUAGAGGGUGGUAAAAAACACUUUGUGAAAUAAAGAGCGCACUACUUACAAGUUGUAUAAUUUACCCCAACAUCAGUGAACCAGAUGCUGCUGUGGGUACUUUUUUGCACGGCAUUGUUUAAAGAUUUUUUUUUGUUGUUGUUGUCUCAACACAGAUUUUACUUAAUGUUUUAACUUCGGGCUAAAAAAAGUCUUGUAAAUAUAUCUCUUAGUCAUUGUUUAUUUCCAACUUGUCUGUUGUGUACUUUUGUAAAAGGACUGCUUCAUGUGUUUUCACCGUUACAUGUGAAUGUUUGGAAGAAUACUGAAUGGAUGAUGAUGAUGAUGAUGAUGCUCAGUGCUGUCAUAAAGGAUGUGGAGAUAAUGUAGGCCGGGGGUUUGUUUUGCAGCGCAGAAUGCAUACAAGGGAAAUGCAAUGUUACUGGUACCUUGUUUUUAUCAUUCUACUAUUUCCUCUGGUAACUGGAUUAAUAAUAAAACAUAUUAAAUUAACUUAA